AUGGUUUCGUCCAAGCGCGCGUACAAUUGGUACAUUUCCAUGGUGGCGGCAGGAUGCAUGGUCCUGUACGGCUAUGAUGCGUCCGUCUUCAACUCUGUCCAGGGCUCCGAGAACUGGCUGGCGUGGUUCGAUCUGGAUCCGAAAAAAGACUCGUACCUGAUCGGCCUCAUCAACACCGCCUAUACGAUUGGCGCCAUCGUCUCUGGUUUCUUCUUCGGUGGCCCUGUUGCUGACUACUUUGGUCGUCGCGCUGGCAUGGGCGUCGGCUGCUUCAUCACCAUCGUCGCCACCUUCAUGCAGACGUUUGCGCCGUACCACAAUCUGGGCUGUUUCAUCGGCGGUCGCGUGCUGAUUGGCCUUGGCCAGGGCAUGGCUCUGACUGCCGGCCCCGUCUACAUUGGGGAGAUGGCGCCGGCCGAGAUCCGCGGCAUCAUCAUGGCCUUCUGGCAGCUCUUUUAUUCCGUCGGCUCCUUUAUCGCCUACUGGAUCAACUACGCCGCGUCGCUGCACCGCGCAAAGCUCGGCGAGUGGGACUGGAAGAUCGUCGUCAUCUUCCAGCUGCUCGUCCCCACCAUCAUCAUCGUCCUGCUGCCGUUCCAGCCCGAGUCACCGCGCUGGCACAUCCAGCGCCACGGGAACAUUGAGGGCGCCCGCAAGGCCCUGCACCGCAUCCGCGACACCGAGCAGGAGAUCGAGGACGAGAUCCUGGUCAUCCGUGAGGCCAUUGAGUACGAGCGCGAGGCCAUUUCCCACGGCUACGCGGCCCUCUUCAAGGAUCCCUCGGUCCGCAAGCGUCUGCUGCUCGCCUUUGGCCUCAACAUUGGCCAGCAGCUUACCGGCCAGGGCACGCUCAACUCGUACAGCACCGCCAUUUACAAGAAGGUCUGGACCAGCACCGCAACCAUCAACCUCAUCAACGCCCUCAACGCCACGUUCGGCAUCCUCUUCACCCUCAACGCCACCUGGACCGCCGACCGCUUUGGGCGCCGCUGGCUGCUUAUGGUGGGCGCUGUCGGCAUGGGCGUCUCGAUGAUGGUCGUCUCUGUUGUCGGCCUGACGACGCCCACAGUCAACGGCACCAAAACGCAGCCCGUCGGCAUCUCCAUUGUGUUUUUGCUGUUCCUCUUCAUCUUCUUCUACAAGCCCACCUGGGGUGCGACCACCUGGAUCUGGACCUCCGAGAUCUUCUCCAUGAACGUGCGCGCCCAGGCCGUCGGCAUGUGCUCGCAGAUGCAGAACGUCGCCAACACCAUCUUCCAACAGUUCUUCCCCAUCUUCCUGACUAACUCCGGCCUCAAGUGCCUGUUCCUCUUCAUGGCCAUCAACUUCAUCCUCGCCGCCUACGUCUACUUCCUCAUCCCCGAGACCAAGCAGGUCCCGCUCGAGGAGAUCGAUGUCCUGUUUGGCGGUGCCAACCACGUCGACAAGGGCGCCAACAUCCUCGGCGUCGCCGAGUCCAAGUCCCACACCGGCCCCGUUGCUCCAAAGCCGAGCGCGUCGAAGUCGAACGUGUAA